AUGACCGCCUUCGCAAUGGAGUCGACACCCGCCCCUCGUUCGGUGGAGUUUGUCCCCGCCAAGAACCCUGCUAUUCGACGAAAAUCCCGCCAUCUGUACGAGCUCCUCAACCCAAAGAAGCCUGAGGAGACGCUUACUUUCGACACUGGUCAAGUGAAGCAGAUCGUGCUCAUGGACAAGCGUCUCCGAGAGGAAGGCAUCGUACGAUCUGUCCCCGCCGGUUACGCAGAGUUUGCUAGUCGGUUUAACCAGUACGCUACCAGACCUGAGCGCUUUGCGACAUACAGCUUCGAGAAUGGGCGUUAUCGGAUUUCCAAGGAAGGGAAGCCAAUUAGAUUGGAGCAAUUCCUGAUAGACGAGCCUGUGGCCGGGCCCUCGACAGAACGCAAACGCGGAGACUCCAGUUCGAACCCCUUUCGCUCAGACUCGGCGCCGUCUCCUGUUGCAGAGGAAACUGAUGAAGACAUACAGCUGAAUGCACUGUCUACACACAUGAACGGAGCAUUGGAGACAAUGGACGAGCUGACAAAAUUCUGGACAAGACGAGGUGUCAUCGAACAUGAAUAUGCAUCUCGUUUAGCUCAGCUAGCCGAGACUCCCAUUGGCAAGGACCAACCUAAGGAACUGCUCGACGCCAUCGACGCAUUUCGAAUUGAAGCUGCACGACAAUCAAUGUGUCAUCACAAGCUGUCCCAACAACUUGCCAUUGAUAUCGAAUCUCGUUACCUCAACUUCCACAUGAAACAGCAGAGCCACUGGCGCGACGUGUACGAACCAACAGCGAGAUUUCUACGGGAGAAGCCAUUAGAAUCACCUUUGGAGGAGAGCGGUAUUUCGAGACAAUGGAGGAGAGAGUACAGGAAUCUUCGCCAUGAUCUUGACGCGAUGCGCCUGGACUCGGUCAUGGAGAGCCAUGGACUCAAUCAAGAACCAAGUUCAUCUCGAAGGUUCAGCGCCCCGCCCAAUCCCCGCAACAUGCCUGCGAUACACGCCAAAAGCUGGAAAAAUCUUCAUGAUUCAUGCGAAAAAUUAGAGACAGAACGAUAUCAGCUCCUCAAAACGACCCUCGGAGUAUUUGCUGAUGCAAUGGCAACAGUCCGCGCUGCUGAUGACGAGUCUUGUGAGCGCCUGCGCGCGUCGUUCGAUCUCUACAACCCCACCGAUUCUGUGGAGAGUUUCAGUCAGACAUGUAAACUACCACCUGCAGCGAUCGAAGAAGCUGUUCCAGAAAUCCGCCCUCGACAACCAUCGUCUAUACCUCGCCCUGUUUCUGUCGCAGUUCCUUAUUCGACUGCAUCAUCAACAGAGGAGGCGCUUCCGGAUGGCCAUCGACGACAACCGUCAUCACUUCAACGAUCAUUUUCGACAUCUAUUGCGAAAGUCCUGAGGACGGCCUCUCGGCCUACGCCAGCUUCACCUUCAUCGUCGCCACGUCGGUUACCUCUACCUACGCUCCCAAUUGGCCCCCGGAAAGGGACCCCUCUCGUCGCUCCUUCAAAGCCCGUCUCUACUCCUCCUCCACCGACAAUUUUAAUUCGGACGCCUGAACCCCCUGUCCGUUCCGACCUGCAACCUGUCCGUCGACACCAGUCAACCCGGAAUCCUAGCUUAGAUUUAACGGCAGAGUUACCGAUGCCUAAACCAUCGCAGCCUUUAUACGAGCAACGGCUGAGCAGGGCGUCAUUCCGAGUCUCAAGCUACAGCACCAUGCCGUUUAUCCGGUUCUACAAAUCUGAAGAGUGA